AUGAAAACAACAGAUGGUAGAGAUAAAGACAUUCAAGAUAAACAAGGAGUUGAAACAGAUUUCAAAUACAGAGAAGAGUCACUGAAAGAUGCACCAACACUAAGCAACAGCAUAAAAGGAAGUCAGCAGACACUAUUUCUGAGGGAAGAUGAAAACAAGCAGGAAGCUAAAAUUACUGUUCACACAACAGAAGAGGCAAUGGCAACUAACAAAGAGCCCACGCCCGUAAGUAUUUGGUGUGCUUAUGAUAAUGCGUCAUCCUUUUGUAUACUAGAGUUUUUUGGCGCUUUAGUCAUGUUGUUACUUCCCUUUACUUUUGACUGGUAUCUUGAGUCAGACGUCCUAACUUAGCAAUACUGAGCUUAAGCAACAAAGACUGCAUUAGUUACGAAAACGCCACCUUAUUAAAAGUGAAUUUGAUUUGCUUCAAACUUUGUCGCACUUAUUCCAACCGAACUCCUUCAUUUCGUCAAAUGUUGGCAAAUUUGUUCUGGGGUUUAAUUCUUAAAGACUUUAUCGAAGUUCAGGAAAAGAAAAAGAAAGUCCUUGUCUUGCCUUGACGUUCUCCCCAUUUUCUUGUCGCAGUCUUGCACUGAUGGCAAAGAAAUGUACAAAAAAGCGUGAUGCACGUGUAAAGUUGUUUUUUUGCCAAUCUAAGCCUGUGAGUAUUGCUUUUUUGCCGUUCAUGUUGCUGUUGCUAUUGUCGUCGUUGUUUCUUAAGCUCCUUAUUGUUCAUAAACGUGUUUGCUUUGUAAAUAGCGUUAACAAGACAAUUACUUUCUUUGAAAGAAAGUAGUUGUCUGGUUGACGUCUUUCUCAAAAACCAUGAAAUUAGACGCUUAGUCACGUCGUUGUUGUUGCAAUGUUCAAAAAACCGUGAUGUAGAGUAUUAAGUAAUGGUCCAGAUAAGAAGGAAAGGACCAAAACGCAGUGAACACGUCGGAAUGCAAAAAGGUGCUAACUUUACUAUUGUCUCUACUAAGGUUCUGAUUGGGUUAAACACCAAAUUUUACGAAAUCUUCGCAACGCAGCAUGUAUAUUAAUCCCUUUUUUUCUAUCCAACUUCCUUAUAACAAAAUCUCGUCUGAGUCUAAGUAACACAGAAAUCGUAUGUGCGGAUCAUGUAAAAUUGUGAACAUUUCUUGGCCAUUGUUUGCAACUCUUGUGAUUGGUCGAAAUGUUUUAACACAAAAAUACACCCUUUAAAAGUGGAGUUUAAAUACAUUUUCUUUCGUAAACAGCCUUUUUGUAGAUUUAUGCAUUCUCUGCGUAAAAAUGAAAACAUUUCUAUGUGAGGAAAGCGUAUUGCGCCACAACAAAAAAAAUUGCUUCCCUUCUUACCUGGAUCAUUACUUAACAGCCACAAAGGCAAAUAAAACCGAACGCUUUAUUCGUUCAUCUGCUCUGCUCGACACCAAGUCAUCUCACUCAGUCUACGCCCGCUCACACUGUUCAGUUCUCGUAUGUUCUGCGCGUAGAACCGCUGUACGCUAUGCACUACAACCUCUGUAUACUACAUUCUCUCUUCAUUCGUACAUACACUUACAUCAAUGAAAAUUACGCAAACAAUAUAUUUACUUUCAACUUAAACAAUCUUAGAAUACAAAAAUGCAAUCAACCAAGUCUUUGGGAAAUGACAAUAUAAAUAUAGCUAAGUUGAAAGGAAACACUGAAUCUUUCGAAAAAACUAGACUUAAUACAAAACAUAAUCGCUCCAAGUUUUUUGUCGUUCGGUAACCCUUCCAGAUCUCCUUAGAGGGGGUGGCUGCUCAGCACCCGAGACUGGGACCUUACGGGGUAUUUCCACUGCUGCUGGUGGUAAAGACAUCCUUGGAAUCUCUGUUGGUGCUGUUGUUGUAAUAGGUGUCCCCGGCGUUGGUGCCGUAGCCUGUAUAGCUGAUGCAGACGCAGCUGUUGCAGACGCAGAUCAGAGCUCUGACUUUGACGCCGCCCUUUCAUGGUCUGGAAUAUUAAAGGCUUUACUAUGGUGCAUAUUUUUCCUGUACUCCCCUCCGUUUGACGACCUCAAAACAACUUGAUCUCCGUACCGAGCCAUCAGCUCAUAUGGCUCCUUCUCACACGAUGACGAUGACUUGUUUUGUCUCUUCUGCUCCAACAGAACCCAGUCUCCCUCUCGCACGCCUUGCGCUCUUGUAUGGAACCUUUUCUCUACAUAGUCCUUGUUUGCUUGCUUCUUUUCGGUGUCACGGUCUCUGGCUCCUUGGUCAGUUAUGUCUUCUUUCUCAUCAUCUAAACCCAUCAGCUCAAGCAUUUUACUACUUAGCACUCUUCUAAAGAGCAACUCUGCCGGACCCUUCCCCGUUGUCGAGUAGGGUAUGAACCUGUUUGGCAACAGAAACUUGUUUAAUUCUUCCCUCCAAUUUUUCCCCUCCGCGUGGGCUGCUCUGAUAGCUUUCAAUGGUGUCCUAUUCUGCCUUUCCACCUCACCAUUGGCCCUUGGCUACAGAGAGGUUGUAUGUGGGUGCUCAACUCCCAUUUCUUUGAGAUAAUCCUCAAUCUCGUUGGCCAUUAAAUUUGGGCUAUUGAAAAUCCACAAACCCUUGGGUAUUCCAUAUCUCGCAAACGGAGAAAUUACACGCUGAAUAAUUAUUUUGCUCGUGGUUGCCCUGACAACGUCAGCCUCUAUCCACCUGCUGUGAUAAUCCAUUAGGCCUGACAGAUUCUCCCCUGACGGAAGCGGACCCUAUAUAUAAAUCUUCUCAUGGUCGCUGAGGCAUAGGAGUAAUUUUCACCGAAAUGGCACGUGCAAACUUCUUGUUUUGUUAAUCUAAGGCCCUGUCCACACUACUCCGUUUUCAAAAAUUAAAAGUAUGCGUUUCGUUGGCAUCGACAACACAUCGAUUGAUUUGCGUCCACACUACCAACGACUCCGACGGCAACGAAAACGUAAAAAAAAUCAAAAGGCUCAAUAAGCAAUGACAACAACUUUGCACGUGCAUCACGCUUUUUUGUACAUUUCUUUCCCGUUUUUGCACGAAUACCACGUUAAAAUGCCUAAUUUCGCGUUUUAUAGAGAAAAAAAAAACAGGCAAGGACGAAAUUUUUUUUCUCAUUUUGAACUUGGAUAUGGUCUCUAAGAAUUCAAUUCCAGGAGGGUUUGCCUACAUUUGACAGAAUAAGUGGGUAGGAAUAAUUCCCAUAAAGACUGAAAGAACGCAAAUUCACUUUUUAAUCGUCGUUCUCGUUGCCGUCGCGUCGUUGAAUCUUAAAGUCCUUAUUAAGAAGUUCGAAAACGAUAGAGUUGCACGUUGAGAAGUAAGUUAACCAUGUAAGCAUCCUACAAUCACGCGCCUGCGAUAUUUCGUCUGUCUCUAAAAGCGUGUUCUAAUUUUAACUCCAGGACCCUCAAGAGGACUUUCUUAAGUUAAAAUCGUAUUCAGGAGAAGACAGUGGCAGAUACACGGUGACUGAGACCAGAAUAAUCAUCGCAAAUUCGGGAGGACAAGUAAGUUCCACUACUAAUGAAGGGAAAUAUCUGACUUUCUUAUUAGCCUCUACCUAUACCAGUUUAGGGCUCUAUUAACGAACUUAAGAAAAAAUAAAACUAAUAAUACAUUAAAUUAUUCAGAGUAACAUACUAAGGCCUAAAGAAGUAAGUUAGGCUUAGAACGGGCCAACUAAAUUCCUUUGUUAAUUUCGUUAACCAAGUUUGAUCCCUUUGACAUUUAAUUCAGCUUUGUGAAAAGAAUUCACAGAAACAUGUACCUCUUCUUGUGACUGCAAUAAAAAGCGGGUCUUUCUUUCCAGAAUUAUUUAGUACUAUUGUUUAACCAGAGAGGUUUAAAGGAAGCGCUAUAAUAUAGCAUAAACUGUGUCAAUUUAACCACACAUAUUUAAUAACUUAAACUUUUUUAUGAACAGACCCUACAAUCCUCAGCUGAAAAUCUUCAAACCGUCAUGAAAACAACAGAUGGUAGAGAUAAAGACAUUCUAGAUAAACAAGGAGUUGAAACGGAUUUCGAAUACAGAGAAGAAUCAUUGAAAUAUGCACCUACAUCAAGCACCAAGAUAAAAGGAAGUCAGAUGACACUAUUUCUGAGGGAAGAUGAAAAUAAGGAGAAGGCUAAAAUCACUGUUCACACAGCAGAAGAGGCAAUGGCAACUAACAAAGAGCGCACGCCCGUAAGUGUUUGGUGUGGUUAUGAAAUUACGUGAUCCUUUAUAUACAGGGUGUCCCAAAAGUUUCGUUCCUCUAAUUUCGUGUCUUAUAGCUUUUCAUCAAAACUUUAUUCUUGCAUGAAAUUUUAG